AUGCUGGACAUUGCUGACUUUGUCGCCGAGCGCGGCGGUGAUAUCAAAAAGAUCAAGGAAAGCCAGCAGAAGCGCUUUGCUCCGGAGGAGGCUGUUGAUGAAGUGAUUGCGCUCUAUGAGGAGGCACGCCGCGCCCGAUAUGAUGUCUCGCAAAUGAACACUCAGAUCAAUGGAGUCCAGAAGGCAAUUGGAAUGAAGAAGAGAAACAAGGAAGACGCAACCGAGUUGCUCGCACAAAAAGCCGACUUGGAGAAAAAGAAGAAGGAGCUGGAGGAAGCCGCUAUCGACAAGGAACUUCAGCGCGAUCGCAAGAUUCGCACAAUUGGAAACUACGUUCACGAAUCAGUGCCCGUGAGCAAUGAUGAGGCAGACAACCAGCUCAUCAAGACCUGGACCCCCGAGAACGCUGAGAUGCAGAAGCCUCACUGCCUUUCCCACCACGAGGUGUUGACUCGUCUCGAUGGAUACGACCCAGAGCGUGGUGUCAAGGUUGUUGGCCACCGUGGAUACUGCUUGACUGGUUACGGUCUCUUCCUCAACCUGGCUCUGAUCAACUAUGGUCUGGAGUUCCUGUUCAACAAGGGCUACACACCUAACCAACCCCCUCAAUUCAUGCUCAAGGAUCUCAUGGCGAAGACCGCUCAAUUGGAGCAAUUCGACGAGGAGUUGUAUAAGGUUACCGAGAGCGAGGACAAGUCAACCGAUAAGUACCUUAUUGCUACCUCCGAACAGCCUCUGUCCGCCCUGCACGACAGCGAGUGGCUCCAGGACAAGGAUCUUCCCAUCAAGUAUGCCGGUUACAGCACAUGUUACCGCAAGGAGGCUGGAUCUCACGGAAAGGAUGCCUGGGGUAUUUUCCGUGUUCACCAGUUCGAAAAGAUCGAGCAGUUCGUUCUCACCAAGCCAGAGGACUCAUGGCAAGCGUUUGAGGACAUGAUCAGCACAUCGGAAGAAUUCUACCAGUCCCUAAAACUCCCCUACAACAUUGUCGCCAUUGUCUCCGGCGCCUUGAACAACGCAGCUUCCAAGAAGUACGAUCUCGAGGCCUGGUUCCCCUUCCAGCAGGAGUACAAGGAGCUCGUCUCUUGCUCCAACUGCACUGACUACCAAUCCCGUGCCUUGGAGAUCCGUUACGGCGUGAAGAAGGCCACCGAUAUCAAGAAGACCUAUGUCCACGCGCUGAACUCCACCCUCUGUGCAACUGAGCGUACCCUCUGCUGUAUUCUGGAGAACUACCAGAAGGAAGAUGGUAUCGAGGUUCCAGAGGUUCUGCGCAAGUACAUCCCCGGCAACCCUGAGUUCCUGCCUUACACCAAGGAGCUUCCCAAGGAUAGCACAUCCACCAAGGCCAAGGGCAAGGCUAACAAGGGCACCGAUGAUGCCGCCAAGAAGAUGGAGGGACUUAAGGUCUAA